AUGGCUCCUCCUCGAGGUCGCGGUGGUUCCGGUGAAGGAUUCAGAGGUAGGGGUGGUGGUGACAGAGGAGGUAGAAGUUUUGGUGGAGGUAGAGGAGAUAGAGCGUUGAAUGCUUCUUACUACCUCAAAGCUGGAGGUCAUUUUGUUAUUUCUAUCAAGGCCAAUUGUAUUGAUUCAACUGUUCCUGCUGAGGCAGUGUUCAUCAGUGAAGUGAACAAGUUGAGAGCAGAUCAAUUUAAACCAUUUGAGCAAGUGACUCUUGAACCAUUUGAGAGGGACCAAGCUUGUGUUAUUGGUGGCUACAGAAUGCCUAAGAAGAAGAAAGAUGCCUAG